AUGGGACCAGGGCCUGAGGAAACUUCGUCGCUAAACCAAAAGGGUUCCAAAGCUGCUGACUUCGGCGCUUCCAAUUCCAGCAAAAAGCUCCAACACUCGCACUUGCAUGCAGCGCCGAAGACCGACUUCGCCUGCCUCACUGACGCAGAACGCCGGGACAAACUCGAGAGGCGCCUGCAGGCCCAGCUGAGGGACGGAACUCGCAGCAGAAAUGUGAAGCGACUUGGAGAUCCUCUAGUGAAGCACCUUCUGCGGGUGGCCGGCAACGCAGCCUACAGAGACUUGCGGCAAAGCGUCAUCGCCACGGGAAAGACGCUUGUAUGCGAGCUACUCAGCAACUUCCCCUGCAGGCGUUUGGCCGUCCGUCGUCGAGGCUUGGCAGCGCUACAGGCUUUACUCCCUUCUCUAUACAGCGCUGGAAGUCCUCCACUCAAUGAACAAACCAGCAACGCAACGCACAAUGCCAAAAUUGAACUGCCUCUCCAGGAUGCGAGGCACUCCGACUACUUCAAAACGCGCUCUCGGCUGAACACAAACGUCGAGACGCACUUUGUCAGCAACCGAAUUCUACGGAAGGUGGCGGGCUUUCAAUCUUACGACGACGGCUGCGUUGCUGAGAUGCGAAUGCCAGAUCAAGCGCAAGACUUCGCGGACAUUCGGCUACUGCUCUGCCUGGGCAACAUUCCGCCGUCUCUGGGACGAAUAGAUCAGUCAACGGCAUCAAAGCACUCCGCGGAAGACCUGGAUCCAGGAACAGUUGGAACAUUGCUUAGAACUGCAGCUGCUCUGCAGUGGCAGGGCGCUUGGAUCUUGCCGUCGUGCCCUGAUGUAUUCAACCCGCUUGCAAUAAGGGCGUCACAGGGAGCUCUCUUUUGGCUACCGUAUCGUCGAGGCAGUGCAGAGGAACUGAUUCAGCUUUGUCGAGCUAAAGAGUUGGCUUUGUGUGUGCCUCAUGAAAGUGGCACCCCCGUACGAACAGCAGGGCUUUUUGAACAAGAAAAGAAGAAGGGCGUUUGCCUUGUUCUGGAUUGGAGUCUAAUAAAUAGUUCGAUAAUGGGCAGCAGCAAAAAGGAGCCAAGAGAGGACUCCACCAGUUUGCCUGAAAGUUCCCCCGUUUCCCCAGGGACUCCCAAGGACGCAUCAAGACGCGCGAAAGCAAAACAUUCUAUCUUCAAGCCAGACAUUUUUCUGUCCCUCGGUGCAGAGAUUGCCCCGGAAGGAACUAUGCAUCUUCUGCACCCAAUUACCGUAGCCUCAAUGUUGAUUUAUCACAUCAAGCACGUGCACUUCCCUUCUCUAGCCGGCUCACCUUAUCUUUUUUCUGUGAAACAGAGGACUAAGGCUAUGUGA